UGCGAUUCCGAAGCACAUCUGGAGCUCUCGAGCAAAUGGCAUCACAAUCGAAAGGACGUGUUCUAUUGGCAUAUUCUGGUGGCCUCGAUACAUCAUGCAUUUUGGCCUGGCUCAUUGAGCAGGGCUACGAGGUUUACGCCUUCAUGGCGGACGUUGGGCAGGAGGAAGAUUUUGAUGCUGCUCGUAAGAAAGCAUUGGGGGUUGGCGCAAAAAAGUUCUUCCUUGAGGACCUUAAGCGCGAAUUUGUCACGGAACUCAUCUACCCAGCAGUCCAGGCAAACUGCAUCUACGAGAAUGUGUACCUUCUGGGUACCUCUCUGGCGCGUCCGGUCAUUGCUCGUGGGAUGAUUUCUGUGGCGUCCAAAGAGGGAUGCGAUUUUGUAUCACAUGGCUGCACCGGGAAAGGGAACGAUCAAGUUCGCUUUGAGCUUGCUUUUUACGGUCUCAAACCGGACAUCAAAGUUAUUGCUCCAUGGCGGAUCCCCGAGUUCUAUAAUCGUUUCGCGGGCCGAAGCGCCUUACUGAAGUACGCUGCUGAAAAGAACAUCCCAGUUGCACAAACUGCCGCAAAACCGUGGUCCACUGAUGAAAAUCUGUUCCAUAUCUCAUAUGAGGCGGGUAUUCUCGAGGAUCCCAAUACGACGCCUCCGGAGGAUAUGUGGAAGUUAACUACGUCACCGGACACUGCCCCACUGGAGCCGGAAUACAUUUCGAUCGAGUUCACCGCCGGGCUUCCAACCAAAGUGGUCAAUGGCGACAAAGUGUACACUGACGCUGUAGAUAUUUUCCUCGCGUUGAACGCGCUAGCACGCAAGCAUGGUAUUGGAAGGCUUGACAUCGUGGAGAAUCGAUUCAUUGGUGUUAAGUCCCGAGGCUGUUAUGAAUCCCCCGCGGCCACGAUCCUUCGGGUCGCGCACCUAGACAUAGAAGGUCUCACGCUGGAUAGGAAUGUGCGGGCUCUUAGGGAUCAAUUCGUUACCAUCCACCUAAGCCAAAUUUUGUAUAAUGGCUACUUCUUCAGUCCAGAACGAGAAUUCAUCACGUCUGCUAUCCCAGCCAGCCAACGCACCGUGAAUGGCACGGUCAGGUUGAAGCUAUACAAGGGUAACGUUAUUGUCCAAGGCCGGUUCUCGAACGAGGGCCUUUACGAUGAGAGGGAAUCUUCAAUGGAUGAACUAGGCGGCUUUGAGCCAACCGAUACUACGGGUUUUAUUCAAAUUGAAUCUAUCCGCAUCAAAAAAUGGGGUGAGGCGAACGUUCGAAAGGGCCAGGGAGGUGUCGAACCCAAAGAUGUAUAUGGGUCGCGCGUGUAA